AUGGCCCCCAAGAAACAACAAGCAACCUCAGGGACCAACACCAACACCCCCGACACCACCAGCGAAGCUCUUCCCCCUCUCUCACCACAAGAAUUUCGCAUCUACAACCGUCUCGCCGAGCACAUGGACCAAUUCGUAAGCAUUAACCUCCUCCCCUCUUCAAAUCAUCGAUCACUAAUCAACGCCGUCCACCCCCACCCCAAACAGCAUAAUCACUUCCGCCUCACCUGGACCCAACUCCAAGAUGCCUGCAGCACCACCGGCACCAGCAAACGCGCCGCAGGCCUCUCUCCGCGCCAACUCAUCAUGACCGGGCUCAGCUUCUGCUCCCAGCUCGACUUCCACCACUCCAUCGAGGAGCAGCACGUCUUCCCCGUGCUCGCGAAGAAGAUGCCCGAGUUCCGCCGCGAGCUGGCCCUCCUGACCCAGCAUAAGCGGAUCCAUGCGGGGCUGGAGGCGCUCGAGGCGUACCUGAUGCGGUGUCGCGCGGGGGAAGUCGAGCUGCAGCGCGCGGAGGUGAAGAGGCUCCUGGAUGCGUUUGGGGAGGUGCUGUGGGCGCAUCUGGAUGAUGAGGUGAGGGCGCUCGGGGCGGAGAAUAUGAGGAGGUUUUGGUCGGUGAAAGAGAUGGGGAUGUUGCCGAUGUAG